AUGUCUGCAAGCAGGCUAGACGCCGUGUACCGUAGUAUACUCAUAACCAAAUUUUUUACGAAAGGCUGGGGUAAACCAGAAAAUUUGCGAAGGUUAUUUGAGUUCAGAAAAGUAGUUUCGAACCGGGAUGAAUGCUUCAACUUAGUUGAAAGAGAUUACCCUGUCACUAUAACAAAGGAACAAAAUCUCACAGAUUGUAAACUGCUGGAAGGCUAUUUUGUAACACCACUAGAAAGAUAUCUUCCGGGUAUUGUUCCUGAGAUAGCGCAAAAGGCUCAUUUUCAGGCCCUGCUUCCCAUACAUUGGCCAGAACCAGGCUGUAAACCAGUAUGUCUUCAUCUGGCAGGUACAGGUGAUCAUUAUUUCUGGCGACGGAGGAAUCUCAUGGUGAAGCCUUUACUGAAGGAAGCAGGCAUUGGAGGAAUUAUAUUAGAGAACCCUUUUUAUGGACUUCGCAAACCUACUGAUCAGAUCCGAUCUUCUCUGCAUAAUGUAUCAGAUAUUUUUGUGAUGGGAGGAUGUCUCAUUCUGGAAUCUUUGGUGCUUUUCCAUUGGUGUGAAAGAAAUGGUUUGGGGCCAUUAGGAGUGACUGGUCUUUCUAUGGGUGGACAUAUGGCUUCACUGGCAGCAACCAAUUGGCCAAAACCACUUGUACUUGUUCCAUGUCUCUCUUGGUCUACAGCUUCAGCAGUCUUUUUACAGGGAGUAAUGUCACAUUCGAUAAACUGGGACCUACUGGAAGACCAAUAUCUAUCAGACGGGGUGUACAGGGAGAAACUUUCGAAAAUGGUCACAAUCGUCGACGAGGCGUUCUUGGCAGGGAAAAAGUUUGCACGCACUUACUCUGAGAAGGUCAAAACGGACACCCAAACGAGUGCACAAAAGGCAAAGCAAGAGAAUCUAAUUAAUAGCCUUAAAUGCGACUCCAGGAAGAACCUUGAUAUGACUUACAAAGAGACCGUCGUUGACAAUAAUAAUUUAAAUAAAAAAAUCGAAGUAGACGUAAAUAAAGAUGAAAUUAAUACAAAGGCACAUGUUAAAAUCAUCAGGUCCGAGCAAAUCGCCCAAAUCGAAAGUUUAAGCGAGGAGUUAAAAGUUUUGCUGGAUGAAAAUAAAAUUAGUAAGACAUUAUUUGAUAAACUAACAUCCAACACGACAUUCGAAUUAGACGCUGAUGAUAUAUCAGAGAUAAAUAAAUUAAACAAGAACGAACUAAAAGAUUUGCUUAUAAUAUACAAAGUUGCCGAUGAAGGGACCAAAGACACGGCGAAAUUAUCGAAAUUGGACCUCGCCAAGGACAAUAAAGUGGAAAUCAAAGCCGAUGCCGUCGACAAUCAAAUGGUUUCACCCAAAACAGAAGCAACGCGCAUGACUGUCCAUGUAAACAGUAGUAAUGUUGCAAAAGAAGUGCCGAUUAAACUCGCCGAAGGGACGGAGAUCGUGGAAAGAAAGUCCGAGAAGAAAGCUUGGAACGUGUCGGACUUAACGUCGGACCUGUGGACGAAUCUGCCGUUCCUGAAACCAUCCGGGAAGAAGAUAGACAUAGGCAAGAUACAUUGGAGGGACAGAGAGGCGCUGCAAUUCAUGAGGGGGAUUAUGGACGAGUGCACGCACUUGAGCAAUUUCUCCGUUCCGUUCGACACUUCUUUGAUUAUCGCGGUGUGCGCGAAACACGACGCGUACGUGCCCCGGGAGGAUGUCGGCCGCCUGGAAGAGAUCUGGCCCGGCGCGGAGGUGCGCUACGUGGACGCGGGCCACGUGUCCGCCUACAUCCUCCACCAGUCCGUGUUCAGGGCCUGCAUAAGAGAAGCGUUCGAACGAUCAAAGAAAAGAUGGAAAGACGGCAAACACGUCGAG